AGUUGUAUUGAAGAAUAUGUCUUCCCCUACUAAGGCGGCCAGUGGUGUGUCCAAGGACAUCAAGAAGAAGAGACGUUCCCGUUCAGAGACCUUCAACAGCUACAUCUUCAAGGUCCUCAAGCAGGUCCAUCCUAAGACGGGCAUCUCCAAGAAGAGUAUGAUGAUUAUGAACUCCCUCGUGAAUGACACUUUCGAUAGGAUUAUGACCGAGGCCAGUAAAUUGUGCAAAUACAGCAACAAGGGGACUCUUUCGAGUAGGGAGAUACAGACUGCUAUCAGGCUGGUCCUUCCCGGUGAGCUGGCUAAGCACGCUGUGAGUGAGGGCACUAAGGCUGUGACCAAGUUCACGUCUGCUUAAAGAUUCGAUGAUUAUUUACACUUACCUUUUAACGAAUACGAGAAUACUCAGUUAUCCGUUU